AUGCUGUGCUGCGCAAGCUCAAGAAAGAAAACGCCUACGAGUUCACCACCAGAUGCUAUACACGAAACCCAAACCCCCGAUCCCACCAAUAUGAAUGACGAAAUGCCCAUAAAUCCAACCCCACAGCAAUACCAAGAAUGGGAAGCGCAGCACAUCACAGGUCUGGAACAAUGUUCCGACGAACUCGGCCCAGAGAGCGAGGAGAGCCUCACCAUAAUGGCCAGUCUCGGGUGCAUAUACGAAGACCAGGGCAAAUGGGACGACGCAGCGAAAAUCCGGCAGACGGUGGUGGAGAAAAGGAAAAGGGUGCUCGGCGACGAACACCCUGAUACACUGACAUGCAUGGGCCAGCUUGCGUCGACGUAUCUGAGUCUAGGACGAUGGGGAGAGGCGGAGAGUCUGCAGAGGGAGAUUGUCGCGACGAGUGAGAAGGCGUUUGGGACGGAUCAUCCGAAUACAUUCACUGCAAUGGGGGAUCUGGCGACGACAUAUUUAGAGCAAGGGCGGCUGGACGAGGCUGAGAAGUUGCAGGUUCAAGUUGCAGAGAUAUGCAAGAGGGCUCUUGGGCCUGAUGACUUGAAUACGCUCACGGUUCUGAGCAAUCUAGCCUCGACGUACCGAGCGCAGGGGCGGUUAGAGGAGGGCGUGAAGAUGGAGGAAUCGGUAACGGAAACGAUGCAGCGCACGCUUGGGCCAGAGCACCCUGCGACCUUGCUUAAUAUAUCGAACCUGGCGACUACUCGGCUGCAGCAGGGAAGAUAUGAAGAGGCCGAGUCGCUGGAGGGGAAUGUCAUGGAAAGUCGUAAAAAGGAAUUGGGGCCCGGUCAUCCUUCUACAAUAAAUGCUGUUGCGAAUCUCGCGUCCAUAUACUCGGCGCAGGAACGCUACAAGGACGCAGAGGAAUUAGAGACUCAGGUACUGGAAACCCGGAAGCAAACGCUGGGCGUACAGCAUCCUUCCACUCUACUGAGUAUGAACAACCUUGCUCAUACAUGGAAAGCACUGGGCAAGAAUGAACAGGCAUUGUCGUUGAUGGCUGAGUGCGUCGAACUAAUGACAGCCCAAUUAGGGCCAGACCACCCAGAUACACGCGCUUCCGUCGCUGCUGUUACAUUGUGGGGUGAACACAAACCAUGA